UGGUGACUGAAACCUUGUUGGACACAUGGAACAUUGGCUGUGGAUUCUUCUUGCUGCUCUUUUCUUUGAGUGUAAAGGAGAAGACAAAGUGAUGCAGCCAUCAGGAGAUGUUCCUGCUGCUGAAGGAGACUCAGUUACACUGAAUUGUACUUUUGAAACCUCCUCCACAGUUCCGACUUUGUUCUGGUACAAACAAUCAGUGAACAGUUAUCCAGAGUACAUUUUGAAACUUGUUUCCAAGAAAGUCUAUAAUGCAGAAGAUUUCCCCAAAGACAGAUUUGGUGCUGAGCUCAAAGACAAAUCAGUUCCUCUGAAGAUCCAGAAGCUUGAGCUGUCUGACUCUGCUGUGUACUACUGUGCUCUGCAGCCCACAUUACUCAUCACUGCAGAUAUGAGGCCUCUGUUCAUCUCAGUGCUGCUGGCUGCUAUGAGCCUUGGAUGCAGAGCUCAAAAAGACAACGUGCUGCAACCAAGAGGAGAAGUGACUGCUGAUGAAGGACACUCAGUAACACUGGACUGUCUCUAUAACAUCAGUUAUGGUUCAAAUGAGUAUCUCUUCUGGUACAAACAGGAAGGAAACAAAAGCCCCAAAUUCAUCCUGAGUCGCUUUAAAGUCGGUGAGGGGAAAACAGAGGAUGAAGAAAAAUAUUCAUCCACACUGGAUUCCAGCUUGAGAUCAGUUCCUCUGACGAUCCAGAAGCUUGAGCUGUCUGACUCUGCUGUGUACUACUGUGCUCUGCAGCCCACAGUGACAGGAAACAGCUCAACUGUGGACGAAAACCUCUGGAGCAAAGACAACACAAUUUAG